CCAGGGCGGCGGGAGGCGGGGCGGGGACGCGGUGACGCGGGUACCGCCGGGUCCCGUGACUGCGCGCCCCGCCCUGAGCCCCCGCUGCCGUCAUGCAUUCCCCGGCAGUGCUCGUCACCUCCAGGCGACUUCAGAAUGCCCACACUGGCCUCGACCUGACUGUGCCCCAGCACCAGGAGGUGCGGGGCAAGAUGAUGUCUGGACACGUGGAGUACCAGAUCCUGGUGGUGACCCGCCUGGCUGCGUUCAAGUCGGCCAAGCACAGGCCCGAGGAUGUCGUCCAGUUCUUGGUCUCCAAAAAGUACAGCGAGAUUGAGGAGUUUUACCAGAAACUGAGCAGUCGUUAUGCAGCAGCCAGCCUCCCCCCGCUCCCCAGGAAGGUCCUGUUUGUUGGGGAGUCUGACAUCCGGGAGAGGAGAGCCGUGUUCAAUGAGAUCCUGCGCUGUGUCUCCAAGGAUGCCGAGUUGGCAGGCAGCCCAGAGCUGCUAGAGUUCUUAGGUACCAGAUCCCCAGGGGCUGCAGGGCUCACCAGCAGAGAUUCCUGUGUCCUGGAUGGCACAGACGGCCAGACAGGGAAUGAUGAAGAGGCUUUCGACUUCUUUGAGCAGCAAGACCAAGUGGCGGAAGAGGGUCCUCCUAUCCAGGACCUGAAGGGCGAGGAUGCUGAGGAAUCCUUGGAGGAGGAGGAGGCGCUGGACCCUCUGGGCAUUAUGCGCUCCAAGAAGCCCAAGAAGCAUCCCAAAGUGGCCAUGAAAGCCAAGCCCUCGCCCCGGCUCACCAUCUUUGAUGAGGAGGUGGACCCUGACCAGGGGCUCUUUGGCCCGGGCAGGAAGCAGUUCCCGCAGGGCCCCUCAGAGGAUGUGUCAUCCAUGGACCCCCUGAUGCUGUUUGACGAUCCUGACCUCGGCGGGGCCGUGCCCCUGGGUGACUCCCUCCUGCUGCCGGCCGCCUGUGAGAGUGGAGGGCCCACGCCCCGCCUCGGCCACAGGGACGCCUCCAAGGAACUGUUCAGAGUUGAAGAGGACUUGGACCAGAUUCUGAACCUGGGGGCUGAGCCUAAACCCAAGCCCCAGCCUAAGCCCAAGCCACCAGUGGCAGCUAAGCCGGCGAUACCCAGAAAACCAGCUGUUCCCCGCAAAGCGGGCCUGGCUGAAGCUGUGGCUGAGCAGCAGAAGCCGCAGGAGCAGAUCCAAGCCAUGGACGAGAUGGACAUCUUGCAGUACAUCCGGGACCACGAUACACCGGCCCAGGCGGCCCCCAGCCUCUUCUGACGCUUCCAUGCUGGCCCCUGGCCCAGCAGGCCUGUCUGUGGGGACAUCUGUGUGAAGGGAGGGGACUGUGCCCUGCAGGGUCAGAACCUCCCCACCCCCGAGGGAGGCCAAGUAGAAACCUGGGUCACAGCACCCAGAACUGCAUGGUUCCAUUUUCUCCUGGGCUAUGGGGCCAAAGUAGAACCCUGCAGGCUGCGGGAGUGGCUCUCACCCUAGGAACCUCCCUCCCCAUGGACAUGGAGGGGAGGGAGGGUGUGCCUUGCCAACCAGGAGCCCAGCCCCAAGGAUGAAGCAAGACAUGUGGGGCCCCAGCGAGGUGUUGCAUGGGGCAGGGGAGCUUCAUGCCCUUGGGUUCUGCCAGUCCCAGCACAGACACAAACUGGGACUGGGCCUCUAGCCCUCCUCUGCCUCUGUUCGCAUAGUAAGAAGGAGUGAUCAGCAUCCUCCCCUUCCCCUACCCUAAGCAGCAGACUGGGUGACUGACUGGCCUGGGCCUGGGGUUGGGGGGGGUCCCCAAGCCAAAUUACUCCAGGGUUUCUGCUCCUCGUGGCUGCCAGGGGCCUGCAGGGUCUGGGUGGGUCUCCCAGGAGAGGGAUGCUGAGGGAUGCUGAGGGGGAGAUCAGCUGUCUGGAGUGUUCUGAUGCAAGUCUCUCCUGAGCCUCCUCUUGAUACGAGCUCUAAAGGGAGAAGUCAGGCCCAGCCCUGCCUCUCCAGGGUACAAACGGCCCUGCCAGGCUCCAGUUCUUCCUCCCUUCUCCUUUCCCAGGAAAGGGCAGCCCAGUCCAUGGCCUUCUUGGGCCUCUGGGCACAGAGCCAACAUUCGUCAUUACAGCUCUCACAAACUGGGUCAUAGCAUUCCCCACAGCUCAGCCUGGAGCCUGGGCAGGGCUCCCACCCUGCAGUGCCUCCCACUGCCAGUGGGGCGUGAUGCUCUCAGGCUUCUGUCCCAAGGCCUUCACCAUCCUCAGGGUCUGGACUUGGUCAGUGGCCUUUCACCAGUGGAGCUGCCUUCCCAGGGAGAAGAAGCCAUGCGUCAGGGCAGGGCCCGUGCCUUAGACUUCUCCUGACCCCCAGAGCCCUGGCACACAGGUCUGGGCACCACAGAGUGCUUUGGAAAUUCUCAGUGAAUGAUGUUUAAUAAAGCAAAAAAUGUCAAGCUGU